GAUACGUGCCGGAUGGUGUUGGUGGGCAGUGAUUUGGUGGUUCGGCUGGACGGAAGGGCUUGGGUAUGCAUGUUCAGCGGCGAGUGGGAGUCGGAGGGUGGUUUGUUUGCCGUUGUUGACUUGUUGGUUUGCGGCUGUGUAG